CUGAUGUCUCUGCUGUAACCUUGGUUGCUAUCGAACAGCAGCAGGGUCUGCCCUUCCCUUUUAGUCAUUGGCUUGCCACUCUGACCACGAGCCAUGUGGUUUGGGCAACAACCAAUGGCAUAGAGGCAAUGCUCCUUUAAUAGUGCUCGGUUUUAAAGACACAGCGCUGUAUACCUUUAUUCUAGACAUCCUUCCCAUAUUGCACUCCACUGUUAAUUAAUGGUUUGAUUCUUAUAAUUGGGCUUAUGAUGACAGGACUGUGGGAGAGAUAACAGUGGAAAGCUUUGAGGACAUCAUUUGUGUCCGUGUGCUUUUAUGUGUGUGAACAUACAAUGUGCAAAGAGAAGUCUCCUGGGGUAAACAGAGUCUCUGUGAAUAUGUUACUGCCUUUUAGCAGCCACAACUAGGCUGCCGAAAUCCUACGCACUGUGCCAACAUGGAGGUACACACAUGAAUAUUCCCACUCAGUCUCUCACUCUCACUCACACCCUCGCUCACACACAUAUUUCCGACAGACGUACAUGCUGUCUAGUCGCACAUGCGCACUGGGGCUCGGAGCGGAGGCAAGCACAGACACACACACACACACGCACGCGCCUGCAGCCACACUGCCUGAUUAGCUUGCGAGAGCUGUCUACAGCAUCCAGGGAAAUGGCGCAAGAGGCAGAGCAUUGGAGGAGGAACGGCAGCCUAAAGCGGCAGGAUUAGACCUCUGGCGUUUUGGCCAGCUGAGGCAUGGAUUGACUUGGAGCAGGUCAAUGGGCUACAGAGCUAUCAGGACGCAGCCCGACAAACUAUGGACUGACUGUGUGUUGCUGACAUCGGUGUGAGGCGGCACAGACGGGUUGAUGCACGGGUAGGACUGGGCCGGGCCUCUGGAUCCGUACCGUGGGGGAGGGGCAGUCGACGCAGGGAGAGGGAGCGUGUUUUUCCAGACCCCAGCUCUGGUGUGAUUCUUCAGCCUGACCGUCUGCUACAGGCCUGUCAGCACCCCUCUCUGUCUCUUUCUCGCUCUUCCUCUCUCAUCCUCUCCAUCCUUGUUUUCCUCCUGCUAUCAUCAUCUACUUCCCUAUUUUUCCCUUCCCCGAUGUUCCUGCUGCCAUCCAAGCUCCCCUCACCUCCAUCGAUAGAUACCCCAUUCCUCUUUAUGCUCUGCCAUCACCCUCUCCUCAGUCCUCUCACCUCCAUCAUUUGAAUCUUUUAUUACUGUUUGUCAAGCAGCACAGUUCUCACAACAUCAUUUUUUCGUUUACAUCUCUCUCACAUUCCCUCUCCUCUCCUCCAUUGGCUCCUCUCUGUGCCCUUCAGACGGUCCCUCGCUCCCUCUCCCCCUCUGUUUCCCUUCAUCUUCCCUUUUUCGGCUCCCAUCCACCUCUACCCUGCAGUGACUGUAGAUUUGGGUCAGUCUGCUCAGCAAAUGGGAUGAGAUGUAGUCUCCACAGCGGCCGGAUCCAGGGGGCUCCUGGUCUGCCCAUCAGGGGGACCCUCAUCUUUGGACCACACUGAGGCUGGAGCCUGACUCUGGACUGACUGGGUGGCCUGCUUUGGGGUGCUGCAUGUAGGCAAGGACAGUCUGCACCAGCAGCCCCUACCCUCACCCCCUUCCCCUGUUCCUUCACCCCCUCUCGGGGCAGCCGUCACUCUGGAGUGUCCCGGCUUGACUGGCUGUGGCCUCUCCCCACACACCCGGACGACCCCCUCAUGCCACUGGGGCACCUGCAGCGCCCCCACCCCGCUCCACUACCGCACCUCCUGCCUGUGCCAUCGGCCCAAACCCCCUGUUACCCUCAACAUGGGUGUGGUGGAGGCCAUUGACCCGACGCCAUCCUCCUGCCCCUCGCCUGUACCAGGGGGCUACAGGCUGCCCCGCUCCUCCAGCUACAGCCCCCUGCAGGGGAGGGCUGGGGCAGAGCUGGACCUUGGUGCAGCGGCUGGAGGGGUUCUGGAGGGGGGUGGGACGGCAGCAGAGCGCAGGACGCCCUUAGUGGACCUGUUCUGUGAGACCUGCUCCAGGCCCUGGCUCAUCGGCUGGUGGGACCAGUUCAAGAGGAUGUUGAACAGGGAGCUGUCCCAUUUGUCAGAGAUGAGUCGCUCAGGGAACCAGGUGUCAGAAUACAUCUCCACUACCUUUCUAGAUAAGCAGAAUGAGGUGGAGAUCCCGUCCCCGACCUUGAGGGAGCGGGAGAAGCCCAUGUGUCACAUCAGCGGUGUGAGGAAGCUCACGCACAGUUCCAGCCUUUCCAACUCCACCAUGCCUCGCUUCGGCGUGAAGACAGAACACGAGGAUGCAUUAGCCAGGGAGCUGAGCGACUUGAACAAGUGGGGCCUUAAUAUCUUUCGUGUGGCAGAAUUCUCUAAUAACAGACCCCUCAGCUGCACAAUGUUUUCCAUUUUCCAGGAAAGAGAUCUAUUGAAGACCUUUCGGAUCCCAGUGGACACAUUUGUCACCUAUGUAAUGACCCUGGAGGACCACUAUCAUGCCAAUGUGGCUUACCACAACAGCCUCCAUGCUGCAGAUGUCACUCAGUCAACUCACGUACUGCUGUCCACACCAGCUCUAGAUGCGGUGUUCACUGAUCUAGAGAUUCUAGCUGCGUUAUUUGCCGCUGCCAUCCACGAUGUGGAUCAUCCAGGAGUGUCCAACCAAUUCCUCAUAAACACCAACUCAGAGUUGGCCCUCAUGUAUAACGAUGAGUCUGUGUUGGAGAAUCAUCACCUAGCUGUGGGCUUCAAGCUGCUUCACGAGGACAACUGUGACAUCUUCCAGAACCUCAGCAAGAGGCAGAGACAGAGCCUGAGGAAACUCGUCAUCGAUAUGGUUUUGGCAACAGAUAUGUCAAAACACAUGAGUUUGUUGGCAGAUCUCAAGACGAUGGUGGAAACCAAGAAGGUGACAAGUUCUGGAGUACUGCUGCUCGACCACUACAAUGAUCGGAUACAGGUUUUGAGGAACAUGGUGCACUGUGCUGACCUGAGCAAUCCUACGAAGCCCCUGGCCGUGUAUCGACAAUGGACGGAGAGAAUCAUGGAAGAGUUCUUCAGGCAGGGAGAUAAGGAGAGGGAGCGAGGGAUGGAGAUCAGUCCCAUGUGCGAUAAACACACAGCAUCUGUGGAAAAGAGCCAGGUGGGAUUCAUCGACUACAUUGUCCACCCGCUGUGGGAGACAUGGGGCGACCUGGUGCACCCCGAUGCCCAGGACAUCUUGGACACUCUGGAGGACAACAGGGACUGGUACCAGAGCACUAUCCCACAAAGCCCCUCGCCACCUCCUGUUGGCCAGGACAACGAUCUGAACGCCUGCAUGGACAAAUUUCAGUUUGAGCUCACCCUUGAAGACAGCUCUCAGACAGAUCAGGAAGACGAGGGUGACAAGCCCACACCAAACCACGUGGUGCAGGUCAUUCAGGCAGAGGAGGAGGAUAAAAAAGAAGAAGAGGAAGAUACAAUGGCUGUGGAGGAAAUUGAGGACAUAAUAGAAGAAGAAGACGAGGUGGCGAUGGAUGAAGAGGAGGUGGAGGAUGAGCAGGAGGAGGAACUGAAGACUCAUCUGGAGGUGAGAUCGGAAAAGGAGAGACUUUCUGACACAAGUCCUGUAGAGGAAGAGGAGGAUUCUUCUUCACAAGCUGAAGAUACAUGAGUUCUGCUCCUGUAUCGCCCUCCUCACUUGCACACAUUAACUUGUUCAUCCUUUCCAUGGCCAAACCAAGAACAAAUAAGACUGCAAUGACAAUACAGACCUUUAAAUAUAUUUUUCAAAAAGGGAAAAAAUUAAAAAUCGCUUAAAGAGAAGUUAAUUACACAGCAACUGUAGAUUUGGAGCGGCGACAAGUCCUUCGGCAUAUUUUCACGAUGAACUUUGAACUGAGGGGAAUUUAGAGGAGCAUUAUCGAAGGGCAACUGAAGACGGCGUAGCACUCUGGGACUGGAAAUGCACACACAUAAAACACACAUGAAGUGACAUACGCACAUAUGAGACACAAGAGCAGGAGUCACAAAGAACACACCAAUGCAAUGUGUGUGUGCCUGCAUCUGUCAUGCGGGACAAUGUAGUCCAUAUGUACACACACACACACACUUGACUGUAUGUUUGUAUGUGUGCAUUUACAUGAGGGACACUGAUCAGUAAAGAAUCUCUUUGGAAAAAGCCAUCUCUUAACGAAGUAUUAACUAGUGUUCAGUCAGUAUUAGUAAUUCAUGUUUGUUAGAAUCUCAACAGAAACUGUUCUCCUCAGAAAAGCUACAGUCCAAGUGACUUUUUUUUUUUCCAUUUCUGUCGGAAAGAAAAAAUUAGAAAAUCCACAGAGUUGGAGGAGGAAGAGGAGAGAGGAGGAAAAAAAAUUGAAGGAAAGGAAGAUGCUGCGACGAAGGGGCCGCCAGGUCCCAUACCCCUUUACGAGGAGAGUGCUACUGGUGCAAGAUGGCUCUGUGCCUUUCUGAAACACCAGCUUCCUGAUUGGAGCUGUCGUGAAGCAAUGCAUUGUGGGACAGGAGUGUCUGAUUUUGUUAUCAUUUUUGAUUGUCUCUUGUUCAAGAUCUCUCUUUAUUGUUCAUGGUAUUGUGGUGUGUAUCGCACACGUACGGUUUCUGUGGUGAUAUGUUUUACGCUGUAAGUCUUCCUUUUGUUGCUCUUCUGGUGAUACAAUAACUCAGAACUCUAGAUGCAGAGCAAUCACUACCAUCACCACCACAGCCCCCAGUGGACUCUUUCCAGCUUAUGGUUCUUUCUUAUUAGAAUGAUUUUUUUUUUACUUUCUGAGAAUAAGCCAUGAGAUGCUUCGAUGCAUAAGUUUUUGCCUAUUUUCUAUUUAACACUUGCUUAAUAUGUUGAAGGGAUAUGGAAUUAUUUCAUCAGCAGAACAAAUCUCCACUCACUCGCUCAUCCCACAUCCCACUUGCACUCGUGCGUUCACGUCUCCUCAUACUCAAACAGUUCUCGCCAAAGUAAAGGAUGAGAAACAUCGGUGCGUGGAGUGAUUUGAAGGAACGCUGAAGGCAGAAUGUCAGGGAAAGAAGCGUGACACGGCCAAAAGGAGGUCUGACAGUCCCUCAACAUCCUUGUUAUGUUUGAUGCUUUUUUGCCUUAAUGUCAGAAGCAGGAUUCAUACCUGCGAGUAUGUAGAUUUCUAAGAUAUAUAAUAGAUAUCCCAGUAUAUUUAUAUCACGUCUGUAUGCUUAUUUCUGUGAGUAUCAGUGUGUCUAUACACGAUGUAUCCAGCAUUGCAUUCAGAGGGGAAAGGGAAACAUUGCUGCCAAUUAGUUGUAAUGUUGUUUCUGUGUUUGGGCCAACAUAAAGAAUGUGUUGGGUUUUGUUUUUUAUCAGGAUGGUAAAAUGACGACUUUAUCGCUACCUAGGGGGCGUGCAGAAAAAAUGAGCAAUUGGGAGUUUUACAGGUGAUGAAAAUGAAUAUUGGACGUCCUUUUGUUGGAAUCUGACCAGAUAUUCAUUCGCUGACGUGAUGGAGUUAAGGCUUGUGUGAGUCUGUUUGCGUGGCUGGUUGUGUGUGUGGUCAUGAGUAAGCGAGUGAGUAACACAAAGAGGUGGCAGGACGCUGAAGGUGUUGUCAUACGUGUUGUGUGCAUUCACUCCCUGGCAUCAGCACAUGUCGUCGAACGGUGUUUAUAGGGUCCGAUCAGCACAGAUUAAAUAGGUCACAGUCUGUUUAGGUGUUUGUUUUCUCACAGGGUAAGAUUAUUAAUAAUUAUUAUUAAGAACAUGAGUGUGGGUCUUUAGAGGGUAAGAGCAAGUUCCUGCAGGUCAGAAACUGAGCUUAUCUGAAGACACCACAGCUCGGUGCAACAGUAGCCUGUGUGUUUGACCUGCUCUGUCGCAGGAUGGAGCAGAGCUGCGGGGCCACCACACAGGCUUUCUACUGGUGGAAUGGGAAUCCAGGAUUACUCUUGCAGUCACUUAGAAUAAAAAAAGAUUCCUGUAUGCAUCAGCCUUUUACUUUUAACGAUGUUGCUUUGUUUUUGUGGCUUCUUGUUCUGUCAUAAGCUAUAAAAACAUUAAUAUUUAAUUGCCAUACAAACACGAUACUGUAGCAAUUGUUUCUUAUUAAGACAAUUAUUCAAUUGAUUGAUUGCUGCCAUUCUUUUUAAAUGAUGAAAAGAAAACCAUGGGAAGUGUUUUCUUUGAACAGUUUGUGUACAGUUUAUUUUUAUAUCAUUCUGGUGGAUGGUCUGGACAAUGAAUCACGUGUUUAUGACGAUAAUAGCUAUAAGCAUUACCACUCUUGUACAUAAUGUAAUAUUGGAUUGUAAAUUAUAAAUUUAUCCAAGUCCUAAUGAUUGAAAAAUAACCACUUGAGGUUGUUGAGUGAAACACUGAAGCACUGCAGGCCACAUCCUCACGUUUUCAUUCGUUCUAUUUUUGCUCACCUGUUCCAACAUUCUGUCACUUUUUUUAAAUUGUGCACAUUUAUUGUUAAAAAAAAUGAAUCCCUUUGUACCAGCACUUUAUUUCGUCAGGUUUUGAGGCAGACAGUGUGUGAUUGGGUUUGGUCAUUGGCACAGUCACUUGUUGAUUCUCUCCCAUUGGGCCAAAUCCCAAACCCUCAUUGUGCAGCAGUCAACGUUGACCCCUCUCUAGAGGCAUAAUCAAACAAACUAGUCCUUCUCUCCUUAACGUCCAAGUGAGAUUGAACUUAUUUGUCUGAUAAAGUCAAACGCAGGCCGAUGGAGUCACAUACGAUGUGACGUGUUCAAAAAGAUAAAUGUGUCCUUAUUUGACUAUGGACUUCACCUCUGUUUCUUAGUAACUUUAAUUACUAGCCUGAGAGCCUCAAUGUCCGUCCCAUGGUGGCCUAACUAGCUGGUUCCCAUCGGGGCUGCUGUCAGCUUACUUUGUCGCAGACUGACUCCCUCUGAGAAUAAAUCUCUGGGCUUUAAUUCAUGUGUUUGUUCACAAAUAAGAACGAUUAUUCAAGGGAAAAAAACAACAUGAAAUGAUUGUAAUAUUUGUAAAUGAUCUUGCUGUAAUGUGUAAAAUGUGUCGAAGUUAUUUUUUAUUAUAUUAUUUUUAUGAAAGUUUUUUUCCUCUUGACAGAGCUGAGGUGUCAUUUUGUGAAUAAAUGCAUUUAAUAAGCAAACAUCUAUAUAUAAAACUAUUAAAGUAUAUCAGUAUAUUUUUCUUUUAUUUCACUGUUCAGUACUGUAAAGUGUGUUAAAAAUACAAAUAAAGUAAGAUUUUUAUAUUAAA